AUGAUGAAGGACGCAACACUCGUGAUCGGCUUCGUCGCCACCCUUGUUGCCGUUUUUAUUGUAGACAAGAUCAUUCAAGCGAGAAAGAAUGCGCAACGCCUCCCUUUGCCACCUGGCCCCAGAGGCUAUCCGAUCAUACAAAAUAUGCUCGACCUUCCAAAGAAAGACACAUUUGCAGCCCCUCAAUAUGCUAAAUUCAAGGACAAAUAUGGUCCCAUCACCGCUCUUACGGUCAUCGGAAAACCGUUUAUCGUGAUCAACGAUCCUCAGGUGGCCUUGGAUAUCUUGGAGAAGAAGUCCGCCGAGUUCUCAUCGAGACCCGCCUUGACAUUCAUCGGUGAAUUGGUUGGCUGGGAUAAGGCCACGGGAGGCAUACCUUAUAAUGACACCUUCCGCCUCCAUCGCAAAGUCUUUGCCCGCAUCAUUGGCACCAAAACAACGGCGGCACAAUUUGAUGACCUCCAGGAGGCCGAAGUCGGCCACUUCUUGUUGCAUGUUCUUGACAACCCGGGGAAUCUCAAGGGACACAUCCACAAAGAGGCUGGGACUGUGGCUCUCAAAAUUGCUUAUGGCUAUAACGCCGACCAGUUCAAGAAAGAUCCGCUCCUCAGCAGGAUGAACAAGGUGAUGGAUGACUUUGCACAGUCAGCCGUUAUCGGACGGUACUUGGUUGACUUCUUUCCGAUAUUGAAAUACCUCCCUGACUGGUUCCCUGGAACUGAAUGGAAAAGACUUGCCAAGCAAUACCGGGCCGAGUUUCACGAUGCAGUUGAAAGACCUUACAAGUUCGUCGAAACUCAAAUGGCUGAAGGCAGAGAAAACGUUUCGUACCUCGCGAAAGCGAUGGCCACCAGCGGGGACACACCGGAGGACGUACACAACAAUAUGUGGACCGCAGGAUCAAUCUUCAGCGGCGCUGCUGACACGUCUGUGGCAUCGGUAAAUGCCUUUUUCCUGGCCAUGGCCAAGUUUCCCGAGGCGCAAAAGAAAGCGCAGGAAGAAAUUGACCGAGUGAUUGGCAGCGACCGUCUGCCUACUGUCAGCGAUCGUGAAAGCUUGCCAUACCUUGAGGCACUCAUUCAAGAAGUACUACGCUGGCAUACAAUUGCCCCCAUGGGUCUCCUCCACAUGAGCUCAGAUGAGGCUACCUACUCUGGCUACCGAAUUCCUAAGCGUUCGAUGGUGCUCUGUAACAUCUGGUGGUUCAUGAACAACCCAGAAGUUUACAAGGAACCCCAUCAGUUUCGACCUGAACGAUUCCUCGGAGGCGAAGGACGCGAGCCAGAGCCCGAUCGCCGUAGAUACGUGUUUGGGUUCGGCCGCCGUAUUUGCCCUGGCAAGAUCCUUGCCGACAACUCGCUUUACCUCAACUUCGCUCAGUCUUUAGCUGUGUUUGACAUCGGGAAACUAGUUGUCGACGGGCAAGAGGUCGAGCCAGAGUUCACGCCAUUACCAGGGGCAAUCAGCCACGUAGCCCCUUACGAAGCGACAAUCAAGCCAAGAUCGCCACGCCAUGAAGAGUUAAUCCGAUCCAUCGAGCGGAGGUUUCCCUGGCAAGAGUCAGACGCUAAGGGACUAGAGGCAGUGUAA